AUGAUCCUGGAUUAUGGGUGGACUAAUUUUUUUGCAGACACAACGCUCACUCACGAGCUACAGAGUCUAUACCAGUCUCUCCAAAAAUGCCUCGAUCUUCGUGAUAAGUACAUGCGACUGUCACGACAGAGGCUCGGCGACAAUCCGCGCGAUCACGACGAAGUCUUUACGGGUCUCGAAGAGGACCUUCAAGACGUCGCCGGUGUCCGUCCCGAUUCAAAAUUCGCUGAUCGAAAAAUACGCAAGCAGGAAUUCAAACCUUGGAAAAUCUACCCGAAGCCACCGCCUCCUCAUUGGCAUUGGAAGAACAAAAAGCCAGCUGUACCGGACUCUUUAGAGUACGCCGAUGAAGAGUUCGACUUCACAAAGUGCAAAUUCCCGUCUGGAGAUAGUCGUGGAUUUGAACUUGAUGACAAGGGUGUAUACCAAAUUUAUGAGGACGUACAUGCCGAUAACAAAAAGCCGAUAUUUGAGGUUCCAUCGAUCAAAGAAUAUUACAUGGAUUUAGACUUCGUACUAAGCGUUAUUUCUGACGGGCCGACGAAAAGUUUCGCUUUUCGCCGUCUGAAGUAUCUAGCUAGCAAGUGGUCAAUGUACAGUCUCCUUAAUGAGUAUCAAGAAACUGCCGACAUGAAGGUGAGCUACCACGACUUCUAUAAUGUCCGUAAAGUCGACACGCACGUGCAUCACUCGAGCAGCAUGAAUCAGAAGCAUCUUCUGCGAUUCAUUAAAUCAAAAAUGAAGCGGUCUCCGAAUGACGAGGUGAUCAUUCGAGACGGCAAGAAGCUCACACUAGCUCAAGUGUUCGAGUCUCUACAUCUGUCCGCAUAUGAUUUGUCAAUCGAUACGCUGGAUAUGCACGCGCACCAAGACUCAUUCCAUCGGUUUGACAAGUUCAAUCUGAAGUAUAAUCCGAUCGGAGAGUCUCGUUUGCGAGAGAUUUUCCUCAAGACAGAUAACUUUAUUGAAGGAAGAUACCUGGCUGAAUUGACUAAAGAGGUCAUGACGGAUCUCGAGCAAAGCAAGUAUCAAAAUUGUGAAUGGCGAAUCAGCAUUUACGGCCGUAACGUCAAUGAAUGGGAUAAGCUUGCGAAGUGGGUUAUACAGAACAAACUUUACUCGCACAACGUUCGUUGGCUGGUGCAGAUUCCGCGCCUGUACAAUCUCUUCAAGCAGAACGGAUCUGUGAAUAAUUUCGAGGGCGUUAUUCGAAAUAUAUUUGAGCCUCUUUUUGAAGUGACAAAGGAUCCACGGACCCAUCCCGAGCUACACAUCUUCCUCCAGAGGGUUAUUGGCUUUGAUAGUGUGGAUGACGAAUCUAAGCCGGAACGACGCAUCCAUCGCAAGUUCCCUUUCCCUCGCGUCUGGGAUACAGAUCAGUCACCUCCGUAUUCAUACUGGAUUUACUACCUAUAUGCGAAUAUGACAAGCCUCAACAGCUGGAGGCGUUCUCGCGGAUUCAAUACCUUCGUCCUCCGACCACACUGUGGAGAAGCAGGCGACCCAGACCACCUCACUUCAGCUUUCCUCACGUCCCACUCCAUCUCACACGGAAUCCUCCUCCGCAAGGUACCCGCUUUGCAAUACCUUUUCUACCUGAAGCAAAUUGGUAUCGCGAUGAGCCCGUUGAGCAACAAUUCAUUGUUCCUUACGUAUGAGAGGAAUCCAUUCCCGGACUUCUUCAAGGUUGGGCUGAAUGUCAGCUUGAGUACGGAUGAUCCGCUGCAGUUCCAUUUCACAAAGGAGCCACUGUUGGAGGAAUACAGUGUUGCAGCGCAUAUCUACAAAUUCCCUCAGUCUUCACUGGCUGAACUUGCUCGUAACUCAGUCAUCCAGAGUGGCUUCGAGAUGGAAGUGAAGCGCCACUGGCUGGGACAAAAGUGGUACCUUCCGGGUGCAGCAGGCAACGAUAUAAACAAGACGAACGUCCCAGAUAUUCGUUUAGCGUUCCGUCACAAUACACUCUUAGAAGAGUUAGAGAUCAUUCGUGCUAGUCAGUACAUCAAUCCGCCUGCUGCGACUGCCGCUCCCGUGCAUCCAACGAGCGAUAAUAUCGCGGCGAAGGCGAUGAGUGGUCGCGCAUAG